AAAUGGCGAACGCUUAGGUUGUGUGUUACUGUUAUCUUUUUUGUUUUUUUAUAAAUUAUACACGCUGUUGACUUGACAUUGAGUUUAAUGGGUCGCUCGCCGAGUCCGCGGCGGCGUGAGGACCGUCGUGAUCGCCGCGAGAGAGACAGGGAACGCGAUCGAGAUCGCGACAGGCGGAGGCCUAGGACCCGGUCCCGUUCGCGAUCCUUAGACCGUAGAAGGCGCUCCCCAGAACGCCGGCGGUCUCCGUCUCCACGCCGGAAACGAUCGAGAUCCGUGUCCGCGACGCCAACGACAUCAUUCGCUCCGAAACCUAAGAAGAAUUUCGGCGAACGGCCCAUAGUCACGCCAGCAGAUUUGGAGGGAAAAACACCCGAGGAACAAGAAAUGUUGAAGGUAAUGGGUUUCUGCGGCUUCGACACGACGAAAGGUAAGAAAGUCGAUGGUAAUGUCGAAGGAGACGUACAUGUAGUCUUAAAACGGAAAUAUAGACAAUAUAUGAACAGGAAGGGUGGUUUCAACAGGCCGUUGGACUUUGUCGCGUAACGGUAGCCCACAACCUAUUUAGCUUGUUUGUUAGGCCUCCAGGGUCGCCCGAUGUGAUAUUGGUUCUUUUAAAGCUUGUUCAUACAUAAACUGAUAUUUGAAACGUACUUCCAUUUUCAAAUAAGAAAAUUUUGAGCUAUUGCAAACUGCCAACAAGAUUGUGCCUUUAUUGAUCUUACAAUUAAAAAAUAUGUAACCUUGAACUUUUAAAGCCAAGGACAGGCAGUUUUAAUUUAUUUUUUAAAUCAGUUGUGAGGACAAGCUUUAAGAACAAUUUUAUUAGGAUUAAGUGUUAAACUGUUUUCCAUUUUGUACUGAGUUAGUUUUUGAGUUUUUGUUGUGAUACACACAUAUAAAAUUUGAAUAAUUACAAUCACUAUUUUAUACACUUUUAAUAUAUUGAUAAACUAUUUUUUAAUUAGUUAAUACAUAUAAAUUAAUUUUAAGGUUAUAAAAACUUACAACAAUUUUAGUUGACAAAUUGAAAACAAUCACACAACACAUUACUCAAUAAAUAUCACAACUAAAACUCAGAAAUAAUAAUAUUUUGCCGCAAAACGCAAAAAAAUAUCAUUACAUUGUAAAUAUCUGGUUAUAACAACAAAAGCAAACUUACA